UAAACCAAACGCAUCUAAUUUUUGGUUUAGCUUCGGAUAUAGGUUCGGUGGUAGACUUUUGAGCCAAAGAUAAGCACCUCCCACACACACACCCCUCCCCCAUCCUUCACCCACCACUACAAGCUUCUACCCCACCUCCUUCUUCCUCCUCUUCUCUCUCUCUUUCCUAGCAAGAAAGAUAGAAAGAAAGCUCCUUUUUCUUUCUCCAAAUUUGUCCGGAUGAUCAGCACUGAUCAAGAAACCACUGUGAGAGAAUUCAAACCCAAAAGCAGAAGAAUCAUGGGUGGUGGAGGCCCUGAUGAUGAUGAUGGAACUGAUGCUGAUAAAGAAGAUAUCGAGUGGCCGCCAUGGCUGCGUCCUCUUCUCGAAACAAGCUUCUUCGUUCAAUGCAAACUUCAUGCUGAUGCUCACAAGAGCGAAUGCAAUAUGUAUUGCUUGGACUGCAUGAAUGGAGCCCUUUGUUCUCUCUGUCUCUCAUUUCACAAAGACCAUAAAGCUAUUCAGAUAAGGAGAUCAUCAUACCAUGAUGUGAUUAGAGUUUCUGAGAUUCAGAAAUACUUGGACAUUACAGGAGUGCAGACCUACAUUAUCAACAGUGCUAGAAUUGUGUUUUUGAAUGAGAGGCCUCAGCCUAGGCCUGGUAAAGGUGUCACCAACACUUGUCAAGUCUGUGAGCGUAGCCUUCUUGAUUCUUUCAGUUUCUGUUCCCUUGGUUGCAAGAUUGUUGGGACAUCAAAGAACUUCAGGAAGAAGAAAAUGUGCAAGGAAAUGAAUGGAUCAGACACAGAAGAAUCAAUGAAUGGCAAUGGCAUUAUCAACAACAAGGGAAAUAAUGGAAAUGGUAAUAAAAGGAAAAUCCAAAGCUUUACACCAUCGACACCACCACCAACUUCUGUGAAUUACAGGGCUACUGCCAAGAGGAGGAAGGGAGUCCCCCAUAGAUCUCCAAUGGGAGGAUUCAUCAUAGAAUACUAGCUCUAUCUACCACUCUAAGAUAUUACUCAUAUACAAAUCCUCAGAACCCAGCUGCAGGUUGGUCACUCACAUCUGAGCCUUUGUGCUAGGAGGCCGGUGUUGCAGAGUGAUCAUCGUCUAAAACUCCUUCUUGUAUAUAGAAAGAACAGAAAUAAGUUAAAUGGUGAAGUGCUCAAGAAAGAAAGAAAGAUGAAGAACAAAUCAACAAUAGAAAAUGAUAUAUUAAGAUGGGGGUGUUAGAUUUUAGCAGGAGUUUAUCUACGUAUCAUGUAGGCUUUUGAUACUAAUUUGUGAGAUGUGCAAUAUGUACAUAUGGUAUGUAGCUUGUCGACAACUAUAAUGUACUGUGAGAAAUGAAUGAAUGAAUGUAAGAAUAUAUAUAUAUAUAUAUAUAUAUGUUUUGAGUUA